AUGCAAAUCAAUGAUGACCCUUCUUUAAAGUGGCCGGAGAAGAUGAAAGGAGAUCCCAAUAAGUGCAAUAAGAAUAAAUAUUGUCGCUUCCAUAGGGAUCAUGGGCAUGACGCGGACGAGUGUUAUGAUUUGAAGCAGCAAAUCGAGAAUCUCAUUAGACAAGGAAAGUUAAGGCACUUCGUUGGAAGGGAUCAUAAAGAUGAGAAGUUGAAGGAAAAGAUGGAAGAAUCAUCCCAGCCCCCACUAGGAGAGAUAAGGUUUAUCAUAGGAGGGACUUCAACGAGGCAGUCUUCCAAGUCAAAGAAGAAGUAUCUCAAAGUGGUGCAAAACGUCCAACUCUCUAGACAAUCCCCAAGGACGAGAGCAAUUGACAAGAUAGCUAUUUCAUUCAUCGACAAAGAGGCGGAAAGGAUCCAUCACUCGCAUGACAAUGCAAUUGUCUUUACUCUGCUCAUCGUAGAUUAUACAACCAGAAGAGUGUUGUUGGAUAAUGGAAGUUCAGCAAAUAUAUUGUACUACCCUGCCUUCCAACAGAGGAGACUUGGGCGGGAUCAACUUCGUCCAGUGUGUUCACCAUUAAUAGGGUUUGGAGGAAUGAAGGUGCAACCUAUAGGCACUAUUACAUUACCUGUAGUGGUGGGAUCAUACCCACAGCAGGUAACUAAGGAAGUCAAUUUCCUCGUGGUGGAUUGUUCGUCCUCAUACAAUGCUAUUAUUGGAAGACCAACUUUGAACAGUUGGAAGGUGAUAACAUCUACCUACCAUCUAUUAGUCAAAUUCCCUACAGAGUAUGGGAUAGGACAAGCACAAGGGGAUCAAUUGGCAGCUAGAGAAUGUUAUUUAGCCAUGAUGGCUUUGGAUGAGUAG